AUGCACGUCGCUGCUGGCGCCACGGUGGCUCGGUCAAGUGCAAGGUCCCGGACUGCGCCAACCGCGCCAAGACUAAAGGUGUCUGCUGGUCCCAUGGCGGUGGUACACUCUGCGCCGACCCUUGGCUGCACAACUAUCUCCGUAUCCAACGGUGUUUGCUGGGCCCACGGUGGUGGCAAGCGCUGCGCCAUGGAGGGCUGUGCAUGUCCGGCCUACGAACGUACCGACCACCUGUGCACGUUGCAUUUCGAAGAGAAGCAGUACAUUGCACAGGUGCACAACAACAUCAACAUCACUCAGUACCACCAGCACAAAUGCUAA